GGGACAGCAAGCUCCAAAGCGAGCAUAUUGUUUUCUCGAUGCUUGUUGGACAAAACUCUUCGAAUAAAAAAACAAGAGUGGCGGCUGUGCUGGCUUUCUAAGCAGGGGAGGAGCUUGGAAAGCUUGAGCAGUGAGCACGCUGCAGCGGACAAACUCACGAGACCCGCGAACCUAAACGGAGUCGCGAUUUGGUCGAGUUGAUGCUCUUGAGCUUGGGCGUCUGCACUGUGCGACGGGGUUUUGAAGACUGGUGAAACCGGCUUAUCUUCGCUUCGUUCUCUCCCCAAGGCGGCCGUUCAGAUGAGAAAAUGGCCAAGCCAUCAGCGACACGCGAGAGCGCAGCGUCCUCGGCACCAUCACCGGCGACGCCGUCUCUGGUCGCGUCCUUCUUCCACCACCCGCUCCGUCUCUACCUCUCCGCAGCGCUCCUCCGUGUCGCGUUCCUCCUGUACGGCCUCUGGCAGGAUGCGAACUCUCCCGUCAAGUACACCGACAUCGACUACCUCGUCUUCACCGACGCCGCCCGCUUCGUCUCGCGCGGCCAGAGCCCCUACGAGCGGGAGACCUACCGCUACACGCCCAUCCUGGCCUGGCUGCUGCUGCCAACAGCGCUCAAGACGGGGCAUCCGCUGUUAGACACGGCCUUGUUCUCUUCCGGCAAGGUGCUGUUCGCUGCCGCCGACUUGGUGGCCGGCUGGCUUCUCGAGCGUGUCCUCGCCAAGUCCAAGUCCAUGGAUGCUGCUACGGCGAGGAAAUAUGCGGCCAUUUGGCUGCUUAACCCCAUGGUGGCUACCAUCAGCACGAGAGGCAGCUCGGAGGGCCUGCUAGGAGUGCUGGUCAUGGCGCUGCUGUCUGCCGUGAUGGCGAGGCGCAUCACCUUGGCCGGCUUGUUGUUGGGGUUUGGGGUGCAUUUCAAAAUCUACCCCUUCAUCUACGCGCCCGCAAUUGUGUGGUGGAUGGACCAAGAGAGGAUGGGCAGUCCUUCGGGAGGCGACAAGCCGAGACCUUCCAAGGAGAAACCCUCAUGGGUCACGCAGCUGGCGGCAUUUAUCACCCCCAAGAGGCUCCAGCUGGCGGCCAUCAGCCUCGCCACAUUCCUCAGCCUGAACAUCCUCAUGUUCUUCAUCUACGGCCCCCCCUUCCUGCAGCACACCUACCUCCACCACGUCACCCGCCUCGACCACCGGCACAACUUCAGCCCCUACAACACGCAGCUCUACCUCGCCUCGGCCGCCGUAACCCCCGCCGCUGCCGACGCUGCCGCCGCCGCCGCCGCACCCGCGCCCACCACGCUCCACCCCCUCCUCCGCUCCCUCCGCGUCGAGUCGGUCGCCUUCCUGCCCCAGCUGGCCCUCUCGUGCGCGCUGAUCCCGCUCGCGCUCGCCAAGAAGGACCUGCCCGCCGCCAUGCUGGCCCAGACCUUCGCCUUUGUCACCUUCAACAAGGUCUGCACGAGCCAGGUAAGUCGCUUCCUAUUUCCUUUUUUCCCCUUCCCCCCCUCCUUUUUUUUCUCCAGGACUAGAGUUCAAGGAGAGAUGAUGGCGAUAAUGAUGAUAUAAUGCUGAUGCCGACGGGGGGGUUGGGGUUAUAGUACUUCCUCUGGUACAUGGUGCUGCUGCCGCUGUACCUGCCCCGGUCGUCGUUCCUCAGGGACAAGCGGCUGGGCUUGGCCGCGCUGGUCCUGUGGGUCGCUUCGCAGGCGCUGUGGUUGCAGCAGGGCUAUCAGCUGGAGUUCCUGGGGAGGAGCGCCUUCUUGCCCGGUC